AGACGUUGAUCACUCUGUUUGGCCUGCACGUCCACCAUUACACAAUCAUGACGUAUACCUACACAGAACCCGUACAAAUCCAGGGUCAUGCAGAUGUACAAAGACAAAAAAUACGAACCUGCCAAUUACAACAAGAAGAUAACAAACUACGAAAGUAAAAUAAAGAAGUACGAGGUGAAGAACUAUGAUACGAUCAAGCAGUAUGAUACUAUAAGAAACUAUGACAAGAUACGGACGUACGACAAGAUUACACCUUAUGCGGGUUAUAAGGAAUACGUACCACCUUGGUCACGUGACAAAGAACCGUACGUAAGAAAACCAGCCAAGCAACCAGAACCUAAAACACAGAAGAAACCCACCGAGGAGGCAGUAGAAACCCCACCAGUGAAGAAGGAUCCGGACUUUGCAUCCCUGGGUUCUAUACAGCGAUCUCUACAAAUAUUCCAAGAACGACUUUAGUACAGAUUAACCUGCGUUCGCAGUGCACGACAAGGUCAGAUAAUCCUGCCUGGCUCCAAAGAAGGGACUCGCCAUGUCGCGUCCUGUAGACACCGCUGUAGCUAUAUGACCCCGACAACAUUCAUGUUAUAAAGGUCAACCUGUUGUUGGUUGGAAAGCCACCAGGAAGAUGGCGACUCUUGUUGCUCCAUUGGUCUUGGUGUGCCUUCUGGCAGGAUCCCUAAAAGCUGCCAGUGACCAGUGCUCUGAAUUCUGCUAUCCCGGCAUGAGUUGCUUCCCUUCUCAGGAAGCAGUGGCUAAAAUGGCAGCUUCUUUAGACGAUGGUUUUGGUGCUCUCCUUUGGCCAGGUUCCCCACUUUAUGGCAACCUCACCAUCAUGAAAGAUACGCUCUACACAAGGUUCCCUUCCUAUAUAAUUCUGGUGAGGUCAGUCCAGGAUGUCCAGAAGGUGAUGCUCUUUGCCCGGAAGUACGACCUGAGAGUAACCAUUCAGUCGUCCGGUCACGACUACAUCGGACGGUCAACAGGGGACGGUAGCAUCAUGAUCAACCUCAGCAGGAUGCAAGGGAUCGACAUAAACCUAAAUUCUCCAUUGAACGCCGACGGUGUCAUCAGAUCAGAGAGCGGAAACAACUGGGCAAGGGUGUAUGAAGAAGUGAAUAAACAGGGUCGUGUUGUUGUUGGCGGGAGCGUCCAUACAGUGGCCAUGGGCGGAUACACCUUGGGUGGAGGUCAUAGUCCUAUGUCAAGGACACUUGGUCUUGCUGUGGACAACCUUUUGGAGGUUACUAUAGUAACAGCAGAUGGUUCUAUCGUCAAUGCGUCCGCAUCUGGGACAGUAAAAGUCUCCCACGAUGGAUCUGUUACACACUCUUCCGACCCUGACUUAUUCUGGUCUCUCAGGGGAGGGGGAGGAGGAACGUUCGGCGUCGUGACCAGCUUUGUCUUCAAACUCCAUAAACCACCAUCAGCAUUUGGACAUUUGACAUGUGUGUUUCGAUUCCACAGGCAGAAUGACCAAGAAAAAGCGAAAGAUUUAAUAAAAUUCUACUUCGACCUUGCCAAGACACUGCCUAAUGAAUGGGGAGGUUACUUUCUUGGGUACAAUGACUUUAGUGAUUAUACAUACCAGCAUGUGGUAUACAUUGUAUCAAUGCUUCACUACGGCCCUUCCUCUCUUCCAUCAUUUGCCAAGAUCCUGCCGUUGGUAGAUUAUCACCCAGAGUGGCAGAUUAUCAAGUGUGCUAAACAGGACUUUGCUUCAUUCUGGGACUAUGAGAAGGGCAUAAAUGAUGCCAUCUAUGUACGUUCCGCCCUGGUUACAUCCCUGGUCAGAUCUGCCGACUUUGAUGACAACAUGGCUGCCAUGAUACGCGAUAUUGUCAUGGUAAUGCCUACCAACACGUCCAUCGGUGCUUGCACAAACACACUCAUCGGAGGUCAGGUGAGCACCGUGGGCGAUGAUGACACCUCUGUGAGCCCCAGCUUGAGGACAGCCCUGGGCUCCAUGUCCUGUGCUGUAAGUUGGGCGAACGACCCAAGUAUCGAUGCUGAAAACCGUGUUGCAGCGAACAAGCUUGAGAAGCAACUACAUGGUUUGGGCCAUGGCAUCUACCUGAACGAGCCCCCCGCGCAGAUUGACAACUGGAAAAAAGACUUCUGGGGGCACCAUUACCCCAGGCUCCUUGCAACAAAGAAGACAUGGGAUGCCAGCAACUUCCUAACAUGUCUGUACUGUGUAGGCUCCGACCUCGGCCGAAACUACGGCAACCAUAGAGGGACAUCUAUCAUUGGCUGACAUUCGUGUUGAGGAAUAUAAUUACUUGUAACAAGCAUUUAAUAAAAUAUUGUUUUUGAA